GAUAACUGAUAAGUGAUAAGGCAUUUCGGUUUUAAACGUUUAGUUGCUGUAUUUAUACUUUCGUGAAAAAGUACUUUUUGUCCUAUGAAUUUGUACGUAUAUGUUAUUUACUCCAAAGCUUAACAUAACAUUUCACUGGCCCAGUGAACAAUCAAGAAGCAUGGCGGAAGUAAAUACUAGAUUUUGGUCUUUAGUAACCAAUUAUUUCAAAAAAGAUUUUAAAAAACCGGAAGAUAAUUUAACUGUACUAGUACAUUGGCUGCUACUACAGAAUGAUUUUCAAGUUCUUAACCCUGGCAAUGAGAAUGGAAUAGAUGAUGAUGAUCAACCCUCAGAUAUUUUGCCAGAAAAUUGGUCACAUGGAGAAACGUAUAAACUUCGUUAUACUCGCGACAAGAAGUUGUUCAUUUUAAAUGGUGUUAAAGCAGGAGAAAGUCUCAUUUUUAAUUUCUAUGAUGUAGAAACAAAACAAGUAUCAAGUGCCGCUCUUGGAAAUAUUGAUACAACUGUACACUGUCUCAGUGAUUUGAACACAGAAUAUUUUUUAAAUAUUGUUGGUCUGUUACAAAAAGAUUUAGUUGAUCCUAUGCAGAAAGUGUAUGAGGAUAGAAAAGCAGCAAGCACUCAAACUCAGACACAACCAAAAGAAUACGAAUCUACGGAAUCACCUCUCCUUAUUUCAAGAACACCACCGUUUGGGUUUGGGCGUAGAGAUCCUUAUCCAACUUAUGGCAUGCCAGAUAUAGAUCCGUUGGGUGGUUUACGUCAACCAGGCGAAGGAAUGUUAUUUGAUCCUGUCCCAAGAGGAAAUGGCAGAGCAGGAAUGUUUCCUGGAGUUCACCCAAGUGCACGUUUUGAUCCUAUACAUCCACCAAAUGCAGGUCUGUUUGGCAAUAGAAGACCAAAUCCUGAUCACAUGAGACCACCAGAUUUUGAUGAUAAUUUGUACAUGUAGGAUGGCUGUGAUACGUAUUUUUUAAUUCAAUUUUUCACAUAAAUUGUUAGGUAAUAAUUAAAUUGUGAUUACUUAAGAUUUUAUUUUGUAACUAAACUGUGUUUAAUUUCUUACUGAUUCAAUAAAUCUUUUUAAUUUUUAAAAAA